AUGUUUUUAUAAGGGUCAAAAAUCAAAACACUUGAGCCAACUGUUAAUUAAUAAAUGAAAUAUUCAACAAGAUAAUUAAAUUAAGAGCCUAAAUCUUCUCAUUCAUUGCAUCGUCGAUAUUCUACUAUUGGUGUAAUUCAUCAAGAUGUUUACAAGAUCGAAGAUAAAUAUUCAAAAAAGUUAAAUCACUUAUUACAAACUAAAUAUUAUAAUAUGCAUUAACUGUUCAAAAAGAAAUAAUAUAUUCCUGCAAAUUUUAAGUUAGACAAUAAACCAUUUGAACAUGUAGUAACAAAUUAAUUCUCUAAAACAUCAUCCUAGUUUGUUUAGAAGAAAAAGAAAUUCAAUGUAAAAGAAUGGCAUAAAAUUAAUUAUGAUAGGUUUAGAUUCUUGAGUAGGUAAGGAAGUAUUGAAAAAUUAGUAAGUAAUAGAUAUCAAAGUAUUUAGCCUUGUUUAUAAAUUUCAUAGGCUAAUAGAUAACAUAGAUCAGUCUCGUAAAUAAAUAAUUAUAGAACUGAAUCAUUUAAUAGUUUUAAUAAUGAAAGGAGUAAGGGUCAAAGAUGUAAUUCUUUAUAAAAAGAAAAUCUUGUUAUAUUUUUAAUUGAUGAAAAUUAACACAACUAAAAACAUGACAGAAUUGCUUAGAUUGUAUGA